GGGUGAAAGGGUAGGUCGGACACAGAACAAGCGAGGUGUGAUUUUUGGAGGACCAUGUGUGAAGCGAGAAGCAGCGAAUGGAAGAGUGUUUAAGUGAAAUGGGUUUGAAGGUGAGAGAGCUGGGCACUUGGCAAGGGACGACAUUGCUUCAACCCAACAAGGAUUUAUUUCCGACCUCUGCUACACCCCCCUUCCCCUUCCCCUCCAUUCAACUUACUUCCUCCUACCUGACAUCUGGAAAGUCCUCCUGUACCUAUACCUGCAAGUAAGAACAUCCUGUCACCCUCAAGCCCCCCUUGUUCCCCAAAUCACCAAUGGAUCAGAGGACACAGGGGGGGCCCUCUACGCCACCUCCACUCCCUGCCAAUGCCCCCCCAACAGAACGUGAGAAGGAAGGAGUAGGAGGGAAGAAGGACGAUGAAGAGGAGAAGAAGAAGCGAGAGAAACCGAGAGAUGGAGCACAGAGUGAAUCUUGUGGUGCUGAAAGUGGGACUAGUGACCAACAACAGCAACCCACACAGUUCUCAGUCAAAGAAACCAGUUACUCUGAGGGUAACGUCAAACUCAAAAUAGGCCUGCAGGCCAAACGCAUGAAGAAGCCACCUAAGAUCCUUGAGAACUAUGUCUGUCGGCCAGCCUUCCGAGCCACUGUAAGACAUAGUGGAGGCAGAGGCGGAGGGCGUGGUAAUCGUGGGGCUGGAGCCAUUGAUGGGAGCAGCCACACUUCUAGCCCAAGUCAUGCAAAAGAAGGAGAGAAAAGCCCCUCUGUCAACCGAGGAGCACCUCUAUCAUCUACUGCUCCUGCUGCUGCAUCUCCCUCGCCUUCUCUUCCUCCACCGCCGGUUUCAACCAGUCAAGUCACUCCUGUGAAUGGAAGUGCUCCAGCAAAAAGGGGUCCUCCAAAACUUGCCUGUAAGUCCGAAGGAAAAGCUGAUGUCAAAUCUGUUGCUUCUUCAGAGAGACCCCUUAACCUUCAUCGCCCCAUGACAGAAAGCAAAUCACACUCCUCUGGAAAGAAAAACCAUGUUCCACAAACCAACUCCCCCGCCCCAUCGCCACCAACAAUGCCCCCAGCUGUCACAUCACAACAGGAACCCAAAACAGAUGGGAUCUUAAAAUCUUCUCAGUACAAUUUUUCUGAGGGGCAAAAGGAACAAGAAAGAGGAAUUUCUGCCUGGGGUGCCCCUACUGUGACCGAGAAGCUUGCACAGCUCAUUGCUACAUGCCCACCUUCAAAGUGCCCAAAGCCGAAAGCCCGGAAGGUGUCUCCAGCUCCAGCACACAGUAGCUCACCUCCCUUAAUUUCUAAUCUGCAGCGUCCUGAACGGGCUAUGGCAAAUAGGAACACUUAUUCCAGGGCGGUGCACCAUGCCCCAGCUCCACCUGUUUCACGGCCCCCAGGUCGCCCAUAUGGUUCCAAAAACAAAGACAGUAUACUGGAAAAAUUUUCUGGCACCUCUAGAAAAGAGGAAUCAGAUGGACUUUCAAAAGGUGUCACGAAUAGCAACAGCAGCACAACCACCACCACCACUAGUACUGUUCUGUCUCAAAACAAUAGUCGUUUGACAACGACAUCCACAAAUGAAAGCACUGACAACAGUACCACCAAUGGAUUAAAAUCUCGUCUUGGGCAUUGCCCAUCUCAUUCUUCCUCCACGGCUUCUCUUUCUUCACCAAUAUUUUCCUCUUCGUCAUCCUCCUCCUCAGAGAGAAUUGGAAGUACAGGACCUCACAUAGGUUUGCCAGGCUCCGUAGCCUCAUGCCCUAGAGCAAGCCCCUCCCGAAUAGAGGAGUUUACUGAGAAAGACAAAGAGCGUGACCGAGACAAAGACAUGGACAGUCCCAGAGAUUUAAGUAAGGGCUCCACUCCAGCCAUGGCAGGGAAGCAAGAUGCUAAAGAAAGGUGUCCUUUGUCAGCUCCUCGAAGUGAGAGGGGUAAACACAGUGAGAGCUCAAGCCCAGUCAAACGUAGUCCCAAUCAGGAAAGCCGUGUUAGUGGGGUACCAAGUCCUGCUGAUUCCACCAAAUGCACUAUUUCUCCUUCAUACCCUUCUCUUGCCAGCAGGAGCCCAACACCACUAUGCGAUGACAUUGGGGCUGCAUCUCCUGCAUCACCAACUGAGCAGGAUUCAAAGCCUCUUAAGAAGCGGCGGGGACGGCGACCUCGCUGGACGAAGGCGGUGAAUCGAACCCACAAGUCUUUACUUGAGGCUGCUACUAACCAUCAGAAACUCACCACACCAAUGCCCUUAGGGCUUUCAUCCCUAUCCCCUGUUCGGCGUCCUGUGGGACGACCUCCAAAUUCUAAUCUAAUGCCCCCCAAUUCUAAUCUAAUGCCCACUGUUGUUUCAGAACUUUUUGAAUCUUCACCCAAGAAGAGGGGACGGCCCAAGAACAAAAUGCCUCGGUUAGAUGCACCAGCACGUGGCCGCACCCCAAACAAACUGGCACCCUCAAAAGUCUACUCCAGUCUGCUCAAAUCUAAAGAAGAGCAGGACCCCCCUGUUUUGCACCCUGAAGUGGACUUUAAUCCACCUAAACCCAUGGCAAGAAAGCGAGGGCGCCCCAAGCGCUUACCUCCAACCCUUCCACAAGAAACCCAGCCCCCAACACUUGCUCCUGAGUCAGGGGAUGCUUCAGUUGGUGAAAAACCUUUUCGUAAUAAGGGCAAUGGGCAGCUCAUCAUGAAGACGAUUAUAGGCAAAAUCAAUAAAAUGAAGACAGUGAAACGAAAGAGGCUCCUCAGCCAAAUUCUGCUUGGGCCGAAACCAGGGACUGAGCAGGAAGGCCCCAGAAACAGUGGGCCACCAGGAGCACCGGCUGCUACAAAACCACAGUCUCUUUCGUCACUGGCUGCUACAUUUGGGGGCAAACUAGGGCCGCAGAUCAAUGUUAGCAAAAAGGGGACAAUAUAUAUGGGUAAAAGGAGGGGUCGUAAGCCAAAAUCAUCAGCUAAUCUCUCCCCAGGUGCCCCCACACCCCCUCCAGAACCGUUCUUGUCGCCAAACACUUCUUCCCCACUCCAUCAUCACCAGUCGCAGACCUUGCAAAACCAGCAACACCAGUUGCCUCCAUCUGAGGUGUUCCCUUCCCCAUCACUCUCACAGUCAAGUGGAGGUCAAAGUCCCAUUAGCGAUGCUAGCUUUGUUGAGCCUGGCUCAGUGCAUUUCUCAUCCCACCCACACUGCAGCCACUCCCAUCAGGGCCACCACUCGUUCUCCUUUCCCCCACCUACUUUUUCAGCCCCAUCUGCUCGCACUAUAGGGAGCUCCACAUCAUCAUCCACAACACACCCAUCUCAAAAGAAGUCUUCUUGCCGGGGUUACCACCAUCACCACCACCACUACCGGCAACACUACCAUUAUCGGAAGUUUUCUCCCCCAAGGCCGCUAUUGCCCACGUCUCCUGCUCCACUGAGUGAGCUGAAGGAGGCCACACCUUCCCCAGUCAGUGAAUCGCACAGCGAAGAGACGGUACCCAGUGACAGUGGCAUUGGAACAGACAACAACAGCACCUCUGACCGUGGGGAAAAGGCUGGUUGUGCAAGUGGCUUAGCUAAUGUAGGGGUCUCACAGGGUAUGGCAAGUGGUCUCUUAAUGCCUGGUGUCAUAGGUCCAGCCAUGGGAGCGGGAAUGGGACUUUCUUCCAGAGGAAGGCGGCGGCACUCAUCUUCAGUUCUCUUGGAACGUCCGUCACCUACACCCUCUCCACUUGGAGCGAGGGCAUCACCUGACCCAAGAAGACCGCACCCAGCUGCCCCAUCAUCUGCUUUGGUUGGACAUAAAGAGAAGCACAAGCAUAAGUGCAAGCGUCGUGCACAUGGCUGCCCUAGCUAUGACAAAAUAAAAAGGCAAAAGCGCAAACGCAAGAAGAAGUACCUUCAGCUGCGGACACGCCGACAGGACCCAGACUUUUUGGCUGAUUUGGAUGAGAUCUGUGUUCAGCUCAGUGAUAUACGAAUUGCUCAUCGCACACCUACACUUCGUUUGGGUAGCAGCUUGGGUCUGGGUGCUGGGGCAGCAGGACCGGCCCGUGGGUCUAGCUUGGGAAGUGCCAGAGCCAGCAGCAGCCUUGGAGGUGGAACCAACCCACCACCCCAUCACUAUCUACAUAGAGACCUCUUGCCCACCAUCUUCAGGAUAAAUUUUAGUGGAUAUUAUUCGCCCCAUCCAGCCUACCCAUGUGAUUCACUUCAUUAUGUCCGUAAGCCAGAUCUUAAAAAGAAAAGAGGACGGCCACCUAAGCUCAGAGAAUCUAUAUCAGAAGUACCGUUUGUACCUGGGUUAGGCUUUCCCCUGUCUAGCGGUGGUUUUUAUCACCCUUCUUAUGGUGUCCCAUACUCUUCUGCCCCACUGGGACUUGGCUACUAUCGAGGUUAUACCCCAGCAAGUGCCCUGUACCCCCACCCCCAUCACCAGACUCCCCACUCUGGCCCAUCCCACCAUGUUCAUUCCCCCUCUUUUCCUCCACCUCCGCCCCCUUCUUAUGUCCAUCAUCAUCACCCAUCCCACCUGCUUCUUAACCCCUCUAAAUUUCACAAGAAGAAACAUAAGCUGCUUAGGCAGGAAUAUCUAGGUGGUGGUCGUUCGUCAGUACUCUAUCCUGCCAUGUCGUCUGAGCUGUCAUUUGGCUGGCACCACAAACACAAGCAUAGACACAAGCACCGUGAUCGCUGUGGAGAAGAGGAGGGUGAUGAUGGUGGUGGAGUUGUAGGUAGCAUAGGUGGCAGAAGUGGAGGAGGUGAGGGGAUGGGAGUUGGAAGAGGGGAGCGAGGGAGUGUAGAGUCCCUUCAGCGCUGCCGGUUUGGGCGAGAUGGCUCUGCUGACUCCAGUGCUAACAAACAGGCAGCCUCUGCCAACUCUCCUUCCUCUUCCUCCUCAUCUUCUGCAGAACGGUACAAGCGUAAAGAAGCCUCUUUGUCUUGUCUUGGGCCUUCACGACUGUCUUUGGGCAGCACAAGCCGGGGACAUCAUCCGGUUGACUCCUGGUUUAGAAUGGGAAGUUCUGAUACUGAUUACUCCAAACUCUGUAGAAAUCAGUCCCUUUCUGGGUCUGGUGCAUUCUCUGAAGGACAUGCGCAAAAUACAGUGGAGUGCUCAGAGAGUGACGAGGAAGAUGCUGCUUCCCCCGUUGAGGAGGCAGAAACCAGCCACCACACCAACUUGUUUGCAUCUGCACUAUCUCGAACUUCGCUCAAGGGGAGUCGGAGCAAAAAAGGUGGAACGUCAGAGAGCCCCAGCCUUUCACGUUUGGACCGGACAGUGAGAAGGGAUCGUUCCACGUCUGCAGAGAGGAGAGAGAUGGGGAAUGUGUCUGGCAUGAACCGAGGUGGUCAAUCCAGUGUUCCUGAGGUGUCCGAGGGUCCUCAUCAUCGGCACCACCACCCUCCUCUAUCCCUCUCGCACUCUUCCUCUUGCCUUUCUCAUUGCACUCUUGACCAGCCUGGAAGUGCCGCAGCUCUUCGGCCCACCAGUCGCCAGGCUAGUCCCUCCACAUGCUCCUCCCAGCCUGCAUGCGGCCUUGACUCCCCCCCUUCGCAUCACUCCCAUCGGCCCCCUCCCAAAAACAACCUGCUCCAUGUCAACAAAAUCCUCCGUGCAAAGAAGCUCCAGAGGCAAGCGCGGACAGGAAACAACGUAGUGAAAAAACGGGGUCCGGGCCGUCCCCGUAAGUACCCUCUGCCCUCGCCUCCCCCAUCACCACAGGCAUCUGAACAAGAGAACCACCCUUUACCUGAAAGGCACAGAGGAAGUGUGCUCUGGGAGGGAGACACCGUGGUUGAUGUCAUUGAGUCUGUAGUGCAGAGCCAGCGCAGAAAGGGACGCAAGCGGAAACGCUAGAGGGAGACCGAAGGAGGCGAUGAGGAAGAAGAGGAACCAGAGGUGGAAAGAGAGGCGGAAGAAGAAGAAGACGACGAAGAAGAAGAACGGUCUGCUGCUAGAGAGGAGGAUGUGAUGCCGAGAGUUAGAACAGAAGGAGGGAGGGAAUGGUUGACACAGGAAGAAAUGCAUUGUUUUCGCAGUGCAAUGGAGGGAAAACCUGAUAGCCAGUCCUCCCCAGAGUGCACAGGCGCUACUACCGUGGAACAAGCCCCAACCCCAUCAGUGACCACUCAACGGGAGAAGAGAGUUGCUAGACCACCCAAAAAGAAAUUUCAAAAGGCGGGGCUUUACUCUGACGUGUACAAGACUGAUGAUCCUCGCAGUCAGCUGCUACAGCUAAAGAAGGAGAAGUUAGAAUACACUCCAGGUGAACAUGAGUAUGGCCUUCUACCUGCUCCCAUUCAUGUUGGGAAAUACUUGAGACAGAAACGCAUUGAUUUCCAGCUGCCUUAUGACAUCCUGUGGCUUUGGAAACAUGAUCAGCUUCACAAGAGACCUGAUGUGCCUCUCUACAAGAAGAUCAGAUCCAAUGUCUAUGUGGAUGUGAAGCCUCUUUCUGGCUAUGAAGCCACUACUUGCAACUGCAGGGCGCCUGAAGACCACAACGAGAAGGGCUGUCAGGACGACUGUCUAAACAGGAUGAUCUUUGCUGAGUGUUCUCCAAGUACAUGUCCGAGUGGUGAUCAGUGUGAUAACCAGCAUAUCCAGAAGCAUGAGGGGGUGCAGUGCCUUGAACGUUUCCGAGCUGAGGGGAAGGGCUGGGGGAUCCGCACCAAGCAGCCCCUACGUUCCGGACAAUUCAUCAUUGAGUACUUGGGAGAGGUGGUCAGCGAACAUGAGUUCAGGAGUCGCAUGAUGGAGCAGUACUUCUCCCACAGCGGCAACUACUGUCUGAACCUGGACAGCGGCAUGGUCAUCGACAGCUACCGCAUGGGCAACGAGGCUCGCUUUGUCAACCACAGCUGCGAGCCCAACUGUGAGAUGCAGAAAUGGUCGGUGAAUGGCGUGUACCGUAUUGGUCUGUUUGCUCUGAAAGACAUCAACAGCGGAAUAGAACUGACAUAUGACUACAACUUCCACUCCUUCAACAUGGAAGAACAGCAAGUCUGCAAGUGCGGCUCAGAGGGUUGCCGUGGCAUCAUUGGCGGGAAGAGCCAGCGAAUCAAUGGGCUGCCUGGGAAAGGAGGCGGAUCAGGGGGCGGAGCCCGAAGGCUUGGGAGACUGAAAGAGAAACGCAAGUCCAAACACUCACUGAAGAAGCGGGAGGAAGAGUCCAGUGACAGCAGCAAGUUUUACCAACACCUUUUAAUGAAGCCCAUGUCAAACAGAGAGAGGAACUUUGUGCUGAAACAUCGAGUGUUCCUGCUGCGGAAUUGGGAGAAGAUGCGGGAGAAACAGGAACUUCUGAAGCGAGAGGGAGAGAGAGAGCGAGAGAGGGAGAACAGCAGCCUGUCUCUUUACACACGCUGGGGAGGAGUCAUCCGCGAUGACGGGAACAUCAAGUCAGAUGUAUUUCUGACUCAGUUCUCGGCGCUGCAGACGUCACGCUCUGUUCGCACACGCAGACUUGCGGCGGCCGAGGAGAACACGGAAGUUACACGCACUGCACGCCUGGCACACAUCUUCAAAGAGAUCUGUGACAUGAUCACAAGCUACAAGGAUUCAUCUGGUCAGACUCUUGCUGCUCCGCUGCUUAACCUCCCUUCUAGGAAGAGAAAUACACAGUACUAUGAGAAGGUCACCGAUCCACUAGAUCUCAGUACCAUAGAGAAGCAGAUCCUCACUGGACACUACAAAACCGUCGAGGCAUUUGAUGCGGACAUGCUCAAAGUGUUCCGCAAUGCUGAGAAAUAUUAUGGCCGCAAGUCUGCUGUGGGUCGUGACGUGUGCCGGCUGCGGAAGGCGUACUAUGGCGCGCGUCAUGAGGCUGCUGUGCAGAUUGAUGAGAUCGUGGGCGAGACGGCCAGUGAGGCCGACAGCUCUGAUUCGCUGGAGAGAGACCACGCCCACAAUCACCAUGAUGGAGGGGGCAGCCACGACAAAGACGAUGAUGUGAUCCGCUGCAUCUGUGGCAUGUACAAGGACGAAGGACUCAUGAUCCAGUGUGAGAAGUGCAUGGUGUGGCAGCAUUGUGAUUGCAUGCGUUUGGAGGCAGAAGUGGAGCAUUAUCUCUGUGAGCUGUGUGACCCUCGUCCAGUGGACAGGGAAGUCCCAAUGGUGCCCCAACCCAGCUAUGCCCAAUCAGGAUCCAUCUAUUAUAUAUGCCUGCUGCGUGAUGACUUACUAUUGCAUCAGGGUGACUGUGUGUACCUCAUGCGGGACAGCAGACGCACACAAGAAGGCCAGCCGGUGCGUCAAUCAUACCGUCUCCUGUCUCAUAUCAACAGAGACAAACUGGACAUCUUCCGUAUCGAGAAACUCUGGAAAAAUGAAAAAGGUGAAAGGUUUGCCUUUGGUCAUCACUAUUUCCGCCCCCAUGAAACACACCACUCUCCUUCCCGCCGCUUCUAUCAUAACGAGUUAUUCCGAGUGCCUCUCUAUGAGAUCAUACCACUGGAGGCGGUGGUGGGGAUGUGCUGUGUGUUGGACCUGUACACUUACUGCAAGGGUCGUCCGAAAGGGGUAAAGGAACAGGACGUUUACAUUUGCGACUACCGGCUGGAUAAAUCGGCACACCUGUUCUACAAGAUCCACCGCAACCGAUACCCGGUGUGCACCAAGCCCUACGCUUUCAACCACUUCCCCAAAAGAUUGGCGCCGAAGAGAGACUUCUCUCCUCACUAUGUGCCGGAUAACUACAAGAGGAACGGCGGGCGUUCUGCCUGGAAGAGUGAGCGGCCCAAAGGUGCAACAAACUGCGAUGAAGACCCCUCCCCCAGCGCAUCAUGUGACCAACUAUCCACUGGCUACUCGAGAGAUGGGGACGAGGGCGGAGGUAGAGGAGCGGAGGGAGACGUGGAGACCUCUCAAGAGGACUCCAGCACCCCUGUUCCCCAGCAAUCCACAUCACAGGAAAGGACGACUGGUGGAGAGGAGGAAGACGUUGAGGAAGAAGAGGAGGGUGAGGAGAGAAGAGACAUGGACGAGGGCGUUCGGGAAAGGGGAGGAGGAGGGCGGGACGUGUUGGACGCCCCAUGCUCAGCCUCGCUCUCCUCUUCACCUCUUCAUCCAUCAAUCCUGGGAAGGAGGGAAGCGCAGAGAGAGCGAUUGAACAAGAUUCUGCUCGAUCUGCUGCAUCGGGCGCCCAGCAAGAAUGCGAUAGAUGUGACGUAUCUCCUCGAGGAAGGCUCUGGUCGCCGCCUCCGCAGACGGACGCUUGGACUGAGCGAAUUUAUUUGCAGGAAGUAACGCUGAGAGCACUCUCUGCUGAGCACGCUUGCAGAGCAGCAAGAGAAUAAUGGAUAUCGAGGAGCAGAGGUGGACUACACCUGAAAAAAAAGAGGGAAAAUGGAGGUGGGAGGAUAUUUAUAUCUUGCAGUUUCUUUCUAAAGGAACUACAAGAGAGACCAGGCCGAGGUUCGUGCACUGAGGACACGCAAUUUGCUGCGUGUCGUCAACCUUGACGCGUUUCAAAAGUGCAAGUGUCACACAUAGGAAAGUUGAAACUGAAGAAAAGCGCCUUGAAAUUCGAACCCAGUUGUCAUGGAUGAACUAUGACUUUACUGGUCAAACGUGUCCAAUGACUAAGUUGUUAAGGAAGCGUGUGGUACUAAAUUUGGCCUUCGAUUCGGCUGCAAAUAGAAAAACUAGGAGACCGGUGCCACCUUGUGGUCUACAGUGGCAAUGACUUGAAAACGACCAAGAAAGAGCAGAACGAGGCAAAAAAAAACUGAAAUAGGAGCGACAUAGGAGGUGCAGUGUAGCGCGCACACACACUGCCCGUAGACUGAGAAGAGAGAGAGGACGAAAGGAGAGAGCUGAGAAAGAACGUUGGCUAACUGCACUUUUAACAACACGGACAUCAUUCGCUCCCCGGAGAUGUACGGAUAAGACACACUAACAUUCACACAGUAUUGAUGAAUGCUGUAUGAUAAAGCAAAACAAAUAAGUAUAUUACCUUCUUUUUUUUGUUUUUUGUUUGUUAUACUGCAAUUACAUUAGGAAUGGAGCACGACGGGGGUAUCCAUAUUUGUGAGUUCGGGACUUCGGGACUGGGCUGGAAUGUUUCGCUUCUGUUAUCGUGGGCAUUGCGAUUGGUUAGAGUGGGUGCCAGCUCCGCCCCCAUUAAAAAAAAAAAAAAGUAUUUAAUUCACCAGCUUAAAAAAACAACAAAACAAAAUCUAGCAGUGGAGGCGCUGGCUUUAAAUAUAUAUAACGCCUUAGAAUGCCAUGAUGUUGAGCGUUUUUUUGUUUAUGGUAGUGUCUACUAGUGUGUGAGAUUCUUUACGGUGUAAGAAUGUGUGUGUGUGUGUGUGUGUGUGAGCCCAUUCUGAUAAUAUAAAUACGAAAGAGGAAACAACUAAGGGCUUGACAGCAGUUAAUAAACCGUUAAAUUCAUGAAUUCACAAGAACUUAUUAAAUCAUGUGAUGUCAUAUUUUUUGUGGUUUGUAGGGCGGGUGGGGUGGGAUGGGGUUGGGUCGCGGUUUUAGUAUUGUCAUUUUCUUUUAAUUUUUUUAAUGGCCUUUCAGGUUGCCAUGGAGAAUGUUUAUAUACAAAAUCAUGAUGAGAUUUGUUUCGCCCUUAAAGCUUCAGCUAUGACAGAAAAGUAUUUCAACCCCCUUAGAAAAAACAACAACGAUGAAAACUGACAAACAAAAGGAAAGUUGUAUAGUGCCAAGCUAUGUAUAUAUACAGACAGGAAAAUGUGAGAAAUGUCUCCAAAAGCAAUAUCUUGAUAAUGGAUUUUGUGUAUUGUAUUGUACAGGAUUCAGCCCUAUAUGUAUUAUUAUUAUUAUUAUUAUUGUUAUUAUUAUUAGCAUUCUUAAACGAUUUGUAUUGACAGAACUGUCACAUGUAACUUUUUCGAGAAGUGGAGGAGAAAGUGGCAGACGUUAUGAUUAAUAAUCGCUACAAAUUUCCAUAAACGACAAACCGUCUGAAACCUUGUUACCCAAAAACAUGAAUUUAGCGCAUUUCGAGGGGGAGGAUUGUCUGAUGAACUUUGUCGACCUGGCACCCGUCACUGUAAUAAUUAAUAUGAAUUAUUAUUAUUAUUAUUAUUAUUACUUUUUGAGGAGAAAAAGAUAUAAUGUUCCUCGUUUUUCUUUUGCUGCAAAGUGUUGAACACUAAAAAAACAAACCAACAUAAAAAUGUAAAAUGAUAUUUUGGCAGGAAAAGAAGCUGUCAACCCGAUAUCAUGUUCUUAAUCUCCUUUUUAAUUUUUUGUUCUUCAAAUGAGAAAAGAUUGUUCUGUUUUCUUUGUGAUAGCGGUCAUAAAUAUAAUGCUUGUAUUUCUUGUAUUUGUGUGUUUUUGUGUGAUUUGUUUAGUUCUUUUUAGACAAUCACAAAAUAAGAUGCAAGCAUUGUAUAUGGACAGACUGGCAGGCAUUUUGUGAUGUUGUGUACAGUUUGUCGAAACUUCUUCCACUCUGGUUCAAAGUUUGUAAUUAUAAAGUCAUGAAGAUGCUGUUGGUUUUUACUUUUUUUGUUUUGUUUUAUAUUCUAUUUGUUUCGUUUGUUUGUUUGUUUUUUAAUAAAAAGCACUACAUUAUUGUGAAUAUACUUGCCUGUUGCUCAUACAUUUAGCAGAGAAUCUGUGAUGCAGUUCUUUUACUAGGUCAUAACCAUUAUUACUCCAGGUAUACAGACAAAUCGUAUUUUAAUUGUAUGGACAGUCAAUACAUCUUCAAAUAAAGUGAAUUUUAACUAU